GUUGUCCGUAGUUGGUCCAGGACUACAGCCCCGGAGAUUCGGACACUCUUCUAAUUUAUUUUUGUACAUGUAAGAGCAAGUGUAGGUCGUUGUUUCCUUUUCCCUUGGUGAGUACAUUACGUUAGGCAGAUUGUUUUGUUAAAAGUUGAGAAGUUAGUCCCUUUAUGGGAUAAUUUUGAGGUAAGUUGGUCUGUCAGUCAAUGCACCAUGUUUACUGUCAAGGAGAUGCUGGAGCUACUUGAAGUGGGGACCAAGAUGGGGAUGAAGGAUGAAGACCUUCAACAAUUCGUGAAGGACGAACAGGCCAGAAUGCGGGACGAACGUGAGAAACAUAGAGUCGAGAGACAGGAGGAGAGAGACCGCGACUUCAAACUACAGAUGGAGAAAGAGCGCGCCGCAAGAGAACAUGAUGAGCGAGAGCACGCCCGAUUGAUAGAAGAAAAGAGACAUCAGCAAAAACUAGAAGAACUGGAACUUGAUCACAAACUGCAACUCGAGAGAUCUCACAUGAAGCCGAGUGUUGUGACUAAAGAGGAGAAAGAAACUUCUCAAGUGAUAAAAGGACCAAAACUUCCUCCGUUUGAGGAUUCGAAAGACAACAUUGACGCGUACAUUCAAAGAUUUGAGAUAUACGCAACAACGCAGAAAUGGAAUAAAGACACGUGGGGGACUCAUCUUAGCGCAUUACUCAAAGGAAAGGCACUGGAUGUGUUCGCAAGACUCUCACCCGAAACAGCACUUGAUUUCAACGAGUUGAAGAACGCCCUGUUGAAACGAUUUGACAUGACGGAGGACGGUUUCCGCAAGAAGUUCUGAUUUUCAAAACCAGAC